AUGACAAACCUAUCUACCAGUACCGACCGGGAAACUGCCCUGCAGAAGCAAUGGGAAGUAGUCAGGGCUACCCUCAAGUCUCUUCAGGCAGACUUCUCAGUGGCCAAGGUCGAGACCGCGGCUACGCAUCAAGAGCUGGCUAAGGCCCAGGGUGAUGCUGACAAGGCCAAGGAUGAGCUGAAGGACUACCAAGCAGGCGAGGCUUCUCGUCUAGAAGCUCACAAGGCCUCCUUCCUAUCUUCCAAAAAAUUUUCUGCUAAGAUAGGAAACCUCAUUGACCAGAUGGUCUGCUAUGGUGGUGCAGGGGCCUUGCUGCAGCUUCAAGAGAAAGGCUUUCUCCGGGAGGGUCUUUCGCAUUCUGCUCCACCUGCUCUAGGGGCGGCUGCCCCAACUAUUUCUGAUCUUGCCGCUCAGGCAACCCCGCAUGUCCAUUCUGUUCCUGAACCUAUAAGGUGCACUCCUCCAGUUCCUCCUGCUCGUCGUCCCCUAACUCCAUCAGAGGAGCCAGACUCAGAUAAACAGCCGCUUUUGAAGCGGCCUAAAUGCAGACUUGCAAAGUCACGUCCGGUAGCUGAGGGCCCCAGUUCAACUCAAGCGCCCAGGUCGGUUCUGUUUCCUACUCCGGCUUCCCAAGUCCCGAUCAGCUCUACCGCUCCUUUAGAAGGCCAAUAUAGGGACCCUCGAGGAAAAAGCCUAGUCGUUAAGGAAGAGAUUGCUACAGAGAGGCCUUCAGUGCCAGACUCCCAAACUACCCCAGCUUCUCAGGCCAAGCCUUCCUCCUCCACAGAGCAACCUUCUGUGCCAACAUCCAAAGCUACCCCAACUGCCCAGGCUAGGCCUUCUACGCCAGCAUCCCAGGCUACCCCAGCUGCCCAGGCCGAGUCUUCCUCCUCUCAACCAUCUACCUCUACUCAACCUGAACCCAGUGAGACCACUACUGGGCCAUCGCAAUCUCAACCUUCUUUCCAUCACCGUUUCUAA